CCGAGCCGUCCGCGGCCGGGAUACCCCUGCCUUCCCUCCGCCUCGCCCUCUGGGCUGUGGAACUAGCGCGUGUCCCUUCGCCGGCCUCCGCGUCCCCCGUUCCUCACUUGUAGUGGGGCUCGGCUGGUGGCCUCUCAAGUCGAGUUCCGCCGCACGCGACUCGGCUGACUCGCUAGGGUGUCCGCUUCUGCCUGCUCUUCCAAGGCCUGAGGUGGUGGUUCAGAAAGCAUCAAGAUUACUGACUUUCCAUGAUGUUUGGUGGUUAUGAGACUAUAGAAGCAUAUGAAGAUGACCUUUAUCGUGAAGAAUCAUCUAGUGAACUGAGUGUUGAUAGUGAGGUGGAAUUUCAGCUCUACAGCCAAGUUCAUUAUGCCCAAGAUCUUGAUAAUGUCAUCAGGGAGGAAGAACAUGAAGAAAAGAACUCCGGGAAUUCUGAAUCAUUCAGUAGUAAGCCAAAUCAGAAGAGCUUAAUUAUCCUUUCAGAUAGUGAGGUCAUCCAGCUAUCAGAUGGGUCAGACGUCAUCACACUGUCUGAUGAAGAUAGUAUUUACAAAUGUAAAAGAAAGAAUUUUAGAGUUCACACAAAAGAAAAGACCCAAGGUCCUUCUGCUUCUCUUCAUUCUAAUGAAAUGGCAGAUAAGAAGUGCAAGAGGGAUAUCGAGAAGACUAAACCUGGAGAGCGAUCAGGUACAAUCCAAGAGGUCAUGAUUAUAGAGGUCAGUUCAAGUGAAGAGGAGGAGAGUACCAUUUCAGAAAGCGAAAACGUUGAAAGCUGGAUGUUGCUGGGAUGUGAAGUUGAUGAUAAAGAUGAUGAUAUCCUUCUCAAUCUUGUGGGAUGUGAAAAGUCUGUUAAUGAAGGAGAAGAUGGAGUAGACUGGUUCAUCAGCGACAAAGACGUUGAGGCACAGAUAGGUAAUAAAAGAUCAUCUGGAAGAUGGACCCACCGAUACUAUUCAGCCAACAAAAAUGUAACCUGUAGAAAUUGUGACAAAUGUGGCCAUUUGUCAAAAAACUGCCCCUUUCCACAAAAAGUCCGCCCCUGCUGCCUCUGCUCGGAGAGAGGACACCUCCAGUAUGCCUGUCCGGCCCGCUUUUGCUUAGACUGUUCUUUGCCUAUGUCUUCCACUCACAGAUGUCUUGAAAGACCUUCCUGGAGAAAACGGUGUGACCGAUGUGAUAUGAUAGGCCACUAUGCUGAUGCUUGCCCAGAAAUCUGGAGGCAGUAUCACCUAACGACCAAACCUGGACCACCCAAAAAGCCGAAGACCCCUUCUGGACAAUCAGCCUCAGUGUAUUGCUACAACUGUGGGCUAGAAGGCCAUUAUGGACACGAAUGUACAGAAAGACGAAUGUUUAACCAGACCUUUCCAACAUCUCCAUUCAUCUACUACUAUGAUGACAAAUAUGAAAUCCGGGAGAGAGAUCAGAGAAUAAAACGAAAAGUAAAAGAACUCCAGAAAAAUGGGGAUUUUCCAAGACAGUUCAAGAGGCCUCAUAUGGAAGCAGCAGAUAGGAGGCCCCACCAUGAUGUGAGGAAGAGCCAAGCCUCAUGGAAAAACAACAGGUGGCCUCAAGAAAAGAAAGAAACCCAGAAAGAAACCGUAAGCAGGAACAACAGAGAGCGUGAAAAGCACAAGAAGGCUGACAGGUGUCACGAAGUGGAUGAGGACUUUCCCAGGGGCCCCAAGGUCCACUCUUCUCCUGGUACUUUCAAAACCCAGAAGCCUCACAAGCCCUUCCAUUACUCAUCGCAUUCCCACAAGCCAAGAGAAGACAAGCUGCCCAAAGAGGGCAAGCGGGGCAAGCAUAAGAAAAAGGAGAGCUGCUUGGAGGAGGAUGGCAAUGAUAAUCUAUUUCUCAUUAAGCAGAGGAAAAAAAAAUCUAAGCUGUGAGUCAGCUUCUGAUAUCACUUCCCGGUGUUUGUCUGGGCUUCAUAUCUCCAACAUCCUGGCAAUAUUUUUAUUGUCUAUGAUUAAAUAAAAGGAAGUUUGUUUUUUUUUUAUCUCAGUCAUACCUAGAGCUGCUGAAGACCUUGAAGAGCUCAGUUCUCUGUGUGCAACAAGUUAUUAGGUAAGAAAACAGAAAAAUAAACUUGGAAUUGCCCUGUUCCAGGACGUCAUUUUACUCAGAGUCCUACGGAUAGGAAGAAUUAAUUGUUUCAGAAAAAAAUUUUUUUAAAUAUUUUUUAAAAAUAGAAGUUCAUCAAAUAAAAGCUCAUCAUCUGCAGUGUGAGCAUGAAAAUUAAAUCCUUACAAAAAGAGAAGUUAAUGCUGAUACAAAAAAAUUCAGCAUUCCUUUUUUUGUUUGUUUUUUAACAUUACUCUAAAUCUAAAUCUGGCUUUUCUUGCUUCAGAAGCUGGUGUCAGCAUCCUCCUCUAGCCAGAGCAUCACAGGCUGAAGAUGAAGGUGUCAACAUUGAAGCACUGAAGAGGCAGGGAAUUGGGUUUCAUAGCAAAAUAUAGGUAAAGACUCCAUCCAGACUAAAUGUCGAGAGACAGAUUUCCUGAAACAAGUGAAAAAAGUCAUCUUUUACAUAAUUUUAACGUAAUCACAAGGAAAUAGUUUUUGCCAUUUUUACAGUCACACUUGAAGAUUGUCCCUCACAUAUUUAAGAUGAAUAUUGCCCAGCUUUAAAAUUUGUUUUGUUCUCGUGAGUUUUUUAAUUACCACAGAGCUAUAAAGAAGUUUUUGUAUUUGUGAGCCUUUUGUACUUAUCAGAGCUUAAUGUUAGAAUAAGACAAAUAAAAUGUCUAAAAUGCAGUAAAUAAAUUUAUCUAUUAUGUAAAAAGACAAUGAGAGUUUGAGCAACAAAGGGCGUACUUGGGUUGGACAAGUGACUAAAGUUAUAAAAUCUCCACAAACUGGGGUCAAAUGCUGUUAUUGCCCAAGCACUAACUCUCUGCCAGAAUAAAAUAAGAUGGAGGAAUAAAGAUAUUUCUCCAUGUUCUCCAAU